AUGGAUAACAGUAGCAGCAUCAAUUCCACUGCCUCGAAUCUGAGCACGGCUUCCUUCGAGAAGUUAGAUCAGGCAGCGAGCUGGGUCAGCACAACCGUCAUAUCCGCCUUCUUCGCCUCCCUUGAGCGUUGCGCCUGCGUCAAUCUAUCUACCUCCGAUGAUGAUGAUGACGACGACAACGAGGAAUCCCACAAUCGUCCUCUUGCUCUCUCCGCCGCUCCUCAACCAGAAGACAUCGUUUAG